CUUUGUCUUGCAAAUUAACAAAUCAACAAAUUAAUAACACAUACCGAAGAAAAAGGAGGGAAUGGAGAAAGAAUUCAAUAGUGAACAAGUGAUUCAAGAAUUUGAAGCAAUGACCAAAGAUGCAAAAAAAAUCCAAAUUGAGACUCUAAACAAAAUCCUCAAAGAUAACUGGGAAGCAGAAUACCUGAAGAAGUGGGGGAUUUUUGAUGGUACUACUGAUCCUAAAACAUAUAGUUCUUGUGUCCCUCUUGUGACCCAUAAAGAUAUCGAACCAUAUGUUCAGAAAAUCGCGGAUGGUGUGCCGUUCCCGGUCCUCACCACCGGCAACCCCAUCACAGCCUUUGCAUUAAGUUCCGGAACUACUCAAGGAAAGCGCAAGUAUAUACCUUACAAUGACAUAUUCAUAAAAACAUCCAUGCAAGUUUAUCAGACUUCUUUCGCCUUUAGGAAUAAGGAGUUUCCGAUUAAAAAUGGGGGGAAAGCUUUGAACUUUAUCUAUGGUGGCAAGCAUUUCACAACUAAAAGCGGUUUGUUAGCAGCACCUGCCAGUACAAACAUUAACCAUAGCAAACUGUUCAAGAAAACAAUGAAGGCCAUACAAACCCCAGCUUGCAGUCCUGAUGAAGUAAUUUUCGGGCUCGAAUUUCAGCAAUCUUUAUACUGCCAUCUCUUAUGCGGACUCAUUUUUCAUGAAGAAAUACAGGUGGUCUCAUCUAAUUUUGCACAUAGCAUUGUUCAUUCCUUUAGGACUUUUGAAACCGUUUGGGAAGAGCUCUGUAAUGACAUACGAACAGGAGUUUUAUCUGCUAGAAUUACCGUUCCAUGUGUCCGUAACGCCAUGGCCAAGAUUCUCAAACCAAAUCCCGAAUUGGCUGACGAGAUUCACAAUAAAUGUCUAGGUUUAACCAACUGGUACGGUUUGAUCCCUGAGAUCUUUCCUAACACAAAAUACAUUUAUGGGAUCAUGACCGGGUCAAUGGCACCAUAUUUGGAAAAACUGCGACACUAUGCUGGAGGAGUACCCUUGCAAAGCGGUGAUUAUGGGGCCUCUGAAGGAUGGAUUGGGGUCAAUGUGAACCCGGAGUUGCCGCCUGAGAUGACAACUUUUGUAGUCCUUCCUAAUAUUGGGUAUUUUGAGUUUAUACCCUUGGGUCAAAUUCAUGACCCUGAUUUGGGCUCUGUGUUGGUUGAGCCCGAAUCAGUUGUAGGGUUGACAGAUGUCAAAGUGGGUGAAGAAUAUGAAGUUGUGAUUACUAGCUUUGCAGGUUUAUAUCGGUAUCGACUUGGGGAUGUGGUGAAGGUGACUGGAUUUCAUAACUCAACACCAAAGCUCCAAUUUAUUUGUCGAAGAAACGUAAUGCUGACUGUCAACGUCGACAAGAAUACAGAGAAAGAUCUGCAGCUAUCUGUUGAAGCAGCAGCCAAGCUGUUAACUGCUGAAAAACUUGAGGUUGUUGACUUUACUAGUCAUGUAGACCUCGUCUCCGAGCCAGGGCAUUAUGUGAUCUUUUGGGAGGUUAAUGGGGAAGUAAGCGAUGAUUUACUGAAAGAGUGUUGCAACUGUUUAGAUAAGUCUUUUGUUGAUGCAGGAUAUGUGACUUCGAGAACGAGUAAAGCGAUUGGACCGCUUGAGCUUCGGGUUCUUUCGAGGGGAACUUUUCAAAAGAUUUUGGAUCAUUAUGUUCAACAAGGGUCUGUGGUGAACCAGCACAAGACACCAAGGUGUGUGAGUGCGGCUAACCAGAGCGUGUUGAAGAUACUAUGCAACAAUGUUGUCAAGAGCUGCCUUAGUACGGCUUUUGAUUAGGUUUCAUCAAAUAUGAUACGAGUGUAUGCAUAAGAUAUGAUAGACCAUGUUUUUUGGUUUAAGUUGUACCGUUUUAACAUAUGAUAAAAGGCUUUGGGUUGCUGCAAAUGCCUUUCUAAUAAAUGAAGUUUUAUUAAACCUUUCAAACAAGAAAAGUGACAAA